AUGCUGGCAACAAGAACAUUCGUCCGGUCGCGGCAAGCAUUUCAAUCGCUCAGCAUACGCGCAUUCUCGUCAACUCCAAUCAAUGCUAAGCUGAAGCUUGCCUACGACUUCUAUGAAGCCGAGAAGCCUGAAUCCAAGAAGGAUCCCAUCGUCUUUAUCCAUGGUCUCUUCGGCUCUAAAAAGAACAACCGGAGCAUGAGCAAAGUCUUUGCUCGUGAUCUUAACCGUCCCGUUUACGCCAUUGACUUGCGCAACCAUGGCGAAUCACCUCAUGACCCCAGACACGACUACACCGCCCUCGCCGAGGAUGUUGAAGACUUUCUGCAAGAGCACAAGAUCGAGCGUCCUGCUCUGAUUGGCCACUCCAUGGGCGCCAAAACAGUCAUGGCAGUUGCCUUGCGCGGUAAAGUGCCCAUCGCAAGUCUGAUUCCCGUCGACAAUGCACCUGUCGAUGCAGCCUUGAAAAGCGACUUUGGCAAAUACGUCCAGGGUAUGCGCAAGAUCGCCGACGCCAACGUACAGAAGCAAUCCGAGGCCGACGCCAUCCUGGCCGAAUUCGAGUCCAAUGUAGGCGUGCGUCAAUUCCUACUCACUAACCUCGCUCGCGGAAAGGACGGCAUUCAGAGAUUCCGUAUUCCUGUCAAGUACCUUGCAAACGCUCUAGACAACAUGGCCGACUUCCCUUUCACCGACCCUGAAGAAGCACGAUGGGAGGGUCCAACUCUAUUUGUCAGAGGCACCAAGAGUCACUAUGUGGCAGACGAGACGCUACCCAUCAUUGGAAGAUUCUUCCCGAGAUUCCAGGUUGCAGACAUCGACAGCGGCCAUUGGGUCAUCAGUGAGAAGCCUCAAGAAUUCAGAAAUGCCGUCGUUGAGUUUUUGCAGGACAAAGAGUAG